AGAAGAUCAUCAGAGUUCUUCAGCUCAGUGCAGUGCAGUGAAGGCAGCCGAGUGUGAGGUGCGCUACCAUACCAGGCAUCAAAGGUCAAAGCAAUGGAACUCCAGGCGAGGUGCCUCUGCGUCGUCGCGAUGCUCCUGGUGGCCGGCCUGGCGGGGAUGGAGACGGCGCACGGCGCGGGGGAGUGCGGCCGCGCGCCCGUGGACCAGGUGGCGCUCAAGCUGGCCCCGUGCGCGGCGGCGACGCAGAACCCGCGCGCCGCGGUGCCGCCGGCCUGCUGCGCGCAGGUGCGCGCCAUCGGGCGCAACCCCAAGUGCCUCUGCGCCGUCAUGCUGUCCGGCACGGCGCGGAAGGCCGGCGUCAAGCCCGCCGUGGCCAUGACCAUCCCCAAGCGCUGCGCCAUCGCCAACCGCCCCGUCGGCUACAAAUGCGGCCCAUAUACCCUGCCAUGAGAGAUGAGGAACAAAGUGAUGGCGCCGGCACCUGAAGGGCUCCAAAUUCUGAAUGACCGAUAUGCUGUGAUCUCUGUCGUGUGGGACUUUUCGCAGAUCCCUGAAUAAUGUGGCUGUAACACUGCCUCAACUUUGGAAUAAACUACUUCUGAAAUCAA